CAGUCGGUCUCGUUCGUUAAAUUUAUGGUCAAAGUUCGACCUCGGAAAGCGCGGGCGCACUAUAUUUUGGAAUGGAGGGAGUAUAACACAACAGAUUUUUGAAUUGCGUGAAUUACCACAUGAAUAUUCGUAGCCGUUUACUCAACCAAGCGGAGUAAGUUGGUUUCUCCACAGAAAAAUAAUGAAAAUUGGUUUCUCCACAGAAAAUAAUCCAGACGUUUUUUUCUUUUCUUCCGGAAGGACAUAAGUACAUAGGUCGUACUGAAAGCUACCAAUUAACAGAACAAGGCACUACAACAAAUAUUUCAACACUGAAGACAGAUCCUAUUAUUACCAUUUACGACAGAAAUUGCAUGCCGUAUUCAUUCUGAAAUUCCCAUGAAGCAGAUUGGAGAUAGACACAGAAAGACUUGCGGCUAGCAUUUUCCAAGAGAUGGACAGAGAGGAGAUGAAGAUGGUUAUCUUGGGGCAAGAACAAACAUUCAGACAACAGGUUCAUGAGAUUCACCGAGUUUACCAUGUUCAGAAACAAGUGAUGAGGGAGAUGCAGAUAGCUGGGCUGAACCAGGCUCACGCUGAGACAAAACAUAAACUCGAGGUCUGGCGUGACGACAAGGCUACCGACCGUCAGCAACUCUACAGCUUCUCAAACAGCUGGAUCCCUGCCUCUGCUGCAGAAGAAUGCAACCUUGAGCUCACCGUAGCAACCGGGAGCAGCAGAAGCCACAAGGGCAAGCAAGUGGGCAAGUCCUCAAACUCAUACUCCGGGAUGGCGGUGUCGUCAACAUCGAGCGGAUCCGAUCUGGCUCGGUUCAAGGAGUUUGACACGAGGUUGGUGAGGUUUCAGAUUGAGAGCAAAAGGGUGCACCAGCCUGUGAUCCUUAGGAUGGCACGGUGA